AUGAACUACUUCACUGUUAAGCAAAGCUAUUACACUGGUGAUUAUAAGCAAACUUUGCAAGAGGUUGCAAAGUUCAACAAAGUCUCAGACGACCAGUUAACUUUCUAUAAAAAUAGUGCUUCCUUGGCACUAGGCCAACUGGCUAGCACAGGUGGCUCCAGUCCACUUGAAAGGGCUUUUGAGACAUAUGCCAACUUCCUGCAAUCUAGAGACAUAACACAAUUGCAAGAAUCGAUCUCCAAAGAAGCUAGCUCGCCAUUUGAACUUCACGUACUCGCCUCUGCGGAGGCAGUCCUGGGAAACUUUGAAGAUAGUCUGCAAACAUGUGUAGCUGGGAUUGAUAAUGACGAACAACUGGGAACACCUGAACUGCUGCUACUUGCAGUUGAAGUUGCUCUCUUGAACGGGCAGGCUUCCAUUGCCUCGACAAUGCUCGACAAUUACAUUAGUGCCAAUGAGGACCACAUUUCUAGCGAGGACGAACUAAUUUUGAACCAGGCUGAAUCUUACGUCAAGUACGCAACAAACAAAGAGACUACGAGAUCUAACUUCUACUACUUCGAAGAACUGGCCCAAACUUUCCCAACCUGGAAGACCCAACUGGGGCUUUUGAAUUUGCACCUUCAGCAAGGAAACAUCCCCGAGGCGGAAGCUGUAGUCGACCUCCUACAGUCCGAGUACUACACAGAGGGCCAGAAAGAGGUUGCCAAGCUUUACAGACCACAAUUCCUAGCCAGUAAGAUCACAUUGUCAAUCGCUCGUAAAGACGGUAAAGCGGACGAAUUGAGGGCAGAAUUGGCGCAAUUGGCUCCUGAGAGUAGCUAUCAGAAGCUCCAUAAUGAGGCUAAUGCCAAAUUCGACGAAGUCGUGGGCAAACACAGUUUGUAG